CGAUAGUAGAUGUGUGUCUGUGCAUAGAUUGCGUGUAAUACUGCUGUUCACUGGUUUUCGCUCUCGCUAUUUUCCCGUUUCCUGUCUUGUUGCUGUUGGUCCCCAACAAGAGGAGGGUAGUCAGCUCACAAGAGGUAAAGCGUUCGGUACGUUUCGAGUGUUAGACACAAUCUCAUAACGACUCUGCUGUUUGGGCGGCUGCUAGACUCUCCGCUACGGGUGUUGUUGCCAAUACGCCGGCGGUUACACGUCUGGCUAGUCUUUACGUGCUGCUGCUGCUACUGCCGCCGCUGCCGCUGCCGAAAAAGAGAAGGGACCGACCGACACAUCGCUAGUGACCGUGCCGUGAGACGGAACAACGGUGGCGGUGCUCUCCAGUUUGCCAUUCGUCUACCACUUCAACCAUCAUCAUCCAAUAACAAGAUCUAUCGCAGCGACGAGAGAUCUAAUAUACAUUAUAUGUAUACUGCCUUCACGGGGCGUUCUCCUCGGCGCGUGCAUGCAUUUGUGUCUAUCGGGGGACUAUCGUGUAUUUUGUGUGUAGUCGUAGUCUAUCGAACUAAUUGCUGUUAUUGAUUUAGUGUGUUGGUCAGUCGGAUUUGCACAUAGUGCUACUAGUGUUGUAACUGUUGCCGUACUGCAGUGGAUGCCCCCAAUGUAUGUCGAUGUGCUACAAGCGCCGCUGCUGCUGAAUGGACAAACAGACUCAUAAUAACAAUAAUAAUAACAAUAAUGCUGUUGCGGUGUUGCUCUCUUUGACGGUCGCCACUUCGUGACAUCUCCGAGUUGUUAGAAUUGCAACGGUAAUGUCUUCCCAUUUCUGGUUAUCUGUGUAUUUCCAAUUGUUGUCAUGAGAAAUUUCAGCUCGAGGAUGUCAUCUCCUCCGGACGACGGAGGAGGACUCGGUAACGAUGCGAAUAGCAGUCUUAACAAGAGCAACGGCACCAACAGUAAUGGCCCCGCGGGGCCUGUCACAGCAGGGGCAAAUGGAGCCAGCAGCGGCAACAUUAGAAGCACUAACGUCACGUUAUUUUCUUCAUGUCGCUUCUGCGUAUCUCCGGCCGCAGCAGAAGAAUGUCCAGCCCUGGCCGGACAAAUUGAAGCUCAUGGUGGCCGGAUUGACAACUACCUCACGGAUAUGUCGACACACGUCGUUGUAUUAGAUCAUGAUCGAGAUUCAGAUCUUAUCCUUGAAGCGACAGAUCUCUACGAGAAACCUGUUAUCACUCCUCGAUGGGUAACGCUAUCCCUGGCGGCUAAUCAUCUAUUGCCAAUGGAGGGCUUCAAUCCCCAACGCCGACUCUUCCAUGGCAAAUUAUUUUGCCCAUCAGCGCUGGCUAGGAAAGAUAUUCACGCUCUCUGGGGGAUGAUCUCUUACCAUGGUGGCCGGAUGCAACUAAAACUUGAUAACAAAUGCACUCACCUACUGACAACAAGACCUGGCGGUGCAAAGUACGCACGGGCUGCCAACAGUCCGUGGAUAACGAUUGUCACACCUGAUUGGAUUGUUGAGUGCGUAAAUCAGCGAGAAUUGAGACCUCCGGAACCAUUUCAUCCUACAUUGUUAAUAAAGACGUCGCCGAUCGCAGAUUCUACGACUCCACCGAAACUGACAACGACGCCUCCGCAGCAGAAUUCUGCUAUUCUGCCAGAAGUGAAGCCGGAGCCUGCUACUGCACCGUCACCAAUUCCAUCUGCUGGGCAAAUGAUGAAUUCAACACCACUUGGCGUGCCGCAGGUGCAGCCAAUGACCCAACAGCUAUCUUCUGCACCUACAGGUCAACUACAGAGUGCAGGUGGGCCCGACAUAAGUGGGCAGUCUCAACCGCCGAACUCAAUAGCAAAUCAGAUGCAGUACACUUCACAAAUACAGCUGGUUAACAAUCAGCAGCAAGGACAACAGAUGCAAAUACCGGGACAACCACAACAGCAGCCACAACAACUCCAGCAGGUUAACAGCAUGGGAUCCACUCAACAAAUGAGUAUGGCCCCACAAUCUCUGGGACCAGCUGGAGGUCAUGUGCAACAGGUGCAAUCUGGGGGACAAAUAUCAUUAAUGUCUGGGCCAAGCGGACCCCCAGGAUCGAUGCAGACCGGACAGCAACCAGGUGGCGGUCCAUUACAAGUAUCACAAGGACAGUCCAUGCAAGCAGGUCUCCAGGCAAUAGCGUCGUCUGGCCCACAGGGGCAACCACCUGGUACAAUGGGUAGGGUUAUGCAGAGUGGUCAGAUUAGCCCCGGUGGCAUAAGCAUGGUAAAUAUGCAAGGGGGACAACCGGUUAGUCAAGGUAAUAUGGGAGGCCAACUUGCGCAAAUGCUAACGGGGGGUCAACGCAUGACAUCAUCACCUAACGGACCGACGCAAAUGGGUGUCCAGGGACAAGGUCCUCCGACAGGUCAAAUGUCACCGGGUCAAGGACAGCAGGGGACGCAGGUGGUAAUGAUAAACCAAGGCGGCAAAAUAGUGCCUAUGGGACAACAGCAACAGUCCGGGCCUAUAAUUCCACAGCAGUCUCAGCGAAUGAUGUUCCAACAGGGGGCAUCUCAACAGAUAUCUAGCCAACAGAUAGGCAUGCCUUCGCAACAACAAACUCCUGGUGGCGUAGGUAUGCCUCCAGGAACGCAGAGUCCGCAGAUGGUAAGAAUGCAGCAGUGGGUCUCCAAGCCUCAAGGCCAGCAAUUGAGUCCACAACAAAUUCAAAUGAUUCGUCAGCAACGACAUCGUAUGGUAAUAGCAGGCGGUCCUCCCGGGACAAACGGCCAGCGUUUGGUCGUAGCGACUCCUGAGCAGCUCCAGCAGAUGCGGCUUAGACAACUUGGUCCUGGAGGUCCAGCUCAUAUGCAACAACAAGGUGCUAGUCAGCAAAUGAUGCCACCAACGAACCAACAGAUGGUUCAGGCUCAGCAAAGUGGAGGCCAGAUAGUUACAAGUGGUUCAGGGAUGGUUCAGUCGCAACAGCAACAGCAACAGCAACAGCAGGUCAUGCAGAGUAGCGUUGGUCAGGGUGGUCAACAAAUGGUUGUUAUGGCCGGGGGCCAGCAACAACCAAUUCGAUCGAUGGGACCGCCCGCACCUGGAAAACCGCUGAUUCAACAGAGGGCCCCAAUCGUUAUGCAACAACAACAACAACCUCAACAACAACAACAACAGCAACAACAGCCACAACAAGUGCAACAGGGCCAGGGCGGUCAGUGGCGUUUCCCUGGCGGUCCUCCUGGAGGCCCAGGGGGUGGAAUAGGUGCGUCUUGGGCUGGCCAAACAGGAGGACCUCCACAGCAGAGCACCCCGCCUCUAUCGCCCGUGCAACAACAACCGCCUCAAGACAUGAUGCAACAACAACGACAUCUGCAGCAGCAACAUGAUCCUCACUAUCAACAGCGAAUAGAAAUGCAGCGUCGCCAUAUACAAAUGCAACAGCAACAGCCGCAGCAGGUAGCUGGCGGUACUGGGGUUGCUGGGGUGACGACGGUGGUCACUUCACCGGCGGCAGGUGAAGUCGUAGUCGUCGGGGGCCAACAAGCCCAGUCACCCCUGGCAUCACCGGGCGCCCCUGUCACAGCCGCGGGACAGACUCUCGCGUCGACAACCGCUACCCAAAAUUCCAUCACCCCAGCUUCUACCCCAACCUCCCAGAGCCCAGGUCCUGUUGUCGUCCAGCAAGCACAGCCUCCUUCGUCCGCCCCUACAGCCACAACCCAGAUCCCGCCCAACCCAACAACCCAACAAACCCCGACUACCCCGAGCGCUGUUACCAAUCAGCUCAAACCUUCGCCGGGCCUUCAGCUACAAGGGCCGGUAUCAUCUACCGCCGUUGUCCAGCAAACGCAACAGCAGCAGCCACCAGGUGGCACUGGGACUGUCGGCGUCGUUGGCCUCGGCGGGCAGGUGCAGCCAGCUGCUGCGGCAGCAACAGGCCAGUUGUUGCAGCAGCAAAUCCACCAGCAACAGCAGCAGCAGGGGCCGCAAGCGGGGCAAAUGCAGAGUCCGCAAACCGCCAGUCAGCCUCAGUCGAUGGUGGCUGUUGGCGGUGUCGGCCACAUGGCUGGAUCUUAUCAGGCGCAUACGCAACUGAGUCCUUCGGGUGGCCAUGGAGGUGCUGCAAGUACCCCUCCCCCCGGCCGAGUAGGCGUCGGAGUCCUUACCAUGCACAGAGGAGACACAGGCACACCUCCUUUAAGUGGUGGCCCCGGAGGCCAUCCAAAUCAUAUGAGUGGCCCCCAUGGUCCGCACCACGGUUCUGGCAGUGUGGUGCAUCAAGGGGUUCAUCAUGGCCAUGGGAGUUCCCAUAGCCAUGGCAGCGCUCACGGUGGUCCUCACGGCGGAUCUCCGCAUCCACAUCAUUCCCCGGGACAGCAUCAUCAGGUGAUAGCACCUCGAGCAAUGCCGAUGUCCCCCUCCGUCGCAUCAGGCAUAGGAGCGUCAGCCGUGUGCGCCGCUACAUCUAGCCAGAUGUUACGCUCAGCUUCACCGCAGCCCCACCAUCCACUUCACGCGACUCAGCAUCCGCAACAUCCACAAGGUCUGCUACCACACAUUCAUCCGCAACAACAACAACCUGGUGGCCCACAGCAACAAAUCCAGACUUCACAACAGCAGUCACAGGUUCAAGGAAACCAGUUGCCCGGAAACGUGCAUCCGAAGAUGGCGACGCAGAUGGGACCAAAUGGUCAACGUAUGAUAAUGGGGCCUCAUAUGCAACGAAUGCCUUUGGCCCCUGGUGGACCCUCCAUGGCGCAAAUGCAGCUUGGACCGCCUGGAACACAAGCUCAAGUGGGCACAAUUGGAGGGCCUCAUAUGGGUGGUCAACAGAGGUACGUUGGACCUAUGGGACAGCAGAUGAUUGGACCACAAGGUCAAACCCCUCCGGGUGUCAAAGUUAAUCCACAAACGAAAACCGCUUUAGCGAAUUUACUCAAUAAUAGGCUUGGUGGAGGAGGACAGCAGGGUGAAAUGGGACCAAUGUGCCCUCAAAAUGGACCGCAGCCUCCAAUGGGAAUGCAACCACAACCCCAAGCAGGUCUAUUACAAGGCGGAAUGCGAUGCUAUCAGCCGACGGGGCCUAGUGAGGGUCAAUCAAUGCAGCCAGGCCAAGCUCAUUCGGGUGGGCCAGUGAGUUAUCGACCGGUUGGAGCACCCUUGGUUCGAGCUGUCCGUCCCGACGGUAGCAUGCAUGGUCCUUUCAUAGGGGCACAUAGCCAACAUCCGCAUGCCCAUGUAAUCGCUCAGGAGACGCUAGUUGGCCAUGAACAAUCGCCCCACCUAUCUGCUGACACGUGCUUCCUCGGCUGCGUCUUUUACUUUUUGCUUCAUCACUCGACUGAGUUCAACGCUGAGCACAUCAGUAUAGCAAAGGGUGUGUGUGAGGAAAAAGGCGGUACUGUGGCUGAAAUGUAUAGCCUGGAAGUGACACAUGUUGUCUGUACGCAUCAAAAUCAGCUUGGUGUGGAGCGAGCACUUCGGGACGGCAAGCGUUGUAUCACUGUAUAUUGGAUCAAUGACUGCGUACUGCAAGGCAAGAUGGCCCCUCCAUGGCAAGCACUGCACCUGCCAGCUGCGUUUGGGCCACGAGAGCAGCCUUGCGCGCAACACAUCAUAUCGUCGACUGGCUUCAGCGGCGAAGAACGGUUGCGUAUCCGUACGAUGAUUAAUAAAGUAGGUGCCAAGUACUCGGCGUGUAUGACGCGAGAAAAUUCAUUACUAAUUGUCAAAUCUCGUCGUUGGGCUGAAAGCGGUGAAAAAUUGAAAAAGGCCCAUGAGUGGAACAUGGCGUGCGUCAGUGCGCAAUGGCUCAGCGAUGUAAUGCUGGGGCACUAUGAGGCUGUCAGAAUGCCAAUGUCACCUAAGUACCAGGUGAGUGAAAUGGACAUACCCUUUCUUCGCAUCGACUACGGAAUAGCGCAAGCCCUUUUGAUGGCAUGGAAGGUGCCUAUCAAGAUAUCGGAAGAUCAAUGGAGGAGCUUUUCUGAGUCAGAUCUCUACCAUCGCGUACAGAAACGAAAGCUAGAAAUCGCCGAGGAAGAAGAGGUGAUUCGCAAGAAGAAACCCGCAAACGAUGAAAAUUGUGUCACUGUAACUAACCCGAAUCCACCGUCCGAGGGCCAGAAGCCACUAGUCUUGUUCUCGGGAAUUCAAGAUCCGGAACCCCUCAAGAAGAUGAUCCUCCAACUAGGUGGUCAAAUCGCUAAGAAUGCCAAGGAAGCAACGCAUCUGGUAUUAGCAAAAUUCUCGCGCACUAUCAAGGUGAUGUGUGCGGUUAAUCAUGUCAAGCAUAUUUGUUGCCCCGAGUGGGUACACGAGUCACAUAGAGCUAAUACUUUCCUUGACCCCACCGAAUAUUGGCUGCAGGAUUCUGAUGCUGAAAAGCAAUUUGGCUUCAGCUUGCGCUAUAUCCAUAUGCAGAGACAACGAAAUGCUCCUCCGCCUCUCAAAGGCUACGUGUUCUACGUCACACCAGGAUGCUUACCGACGAUACCCGUCCUGAAAGAGGUUGUGGAAGCGGCUGGUGGCAGUAUGUUCCUCAACAAGCGACCUACCCUCAAGCAUAUCAAUCAGUUUAACAACAACAACAACUACAGCAACAAUAAUAAUAAUCACAGCAGUAAUACAAAUAACAGCAACAACAACAGCGUUGGUAGCAACAACAGCAACAACAAUAGUAUGAAUAGUACCUGCACUGGAAACAGUGCAAAUAAUAACGGCAGCAACAAGGACAAUAGUGAGUUAACAACAGCAACUACGACAACAGUCUCAACGACAACGACGACAACAACGACAACUAACAACUCGGCAGGAGCCGGUGUGACGACGCCGACGACGAACGUUAAUGGCGGCCUACCCCCUGCCAAUGACGGCGCCUCCAGUAAAUUCAUAUGUGUUACGUGCGAGGACGAUCUGUACAUGUGCAAAGAACUUCUGGACAGGGGCGUGCGGCUGUACAAUGUCGAGGUGAUUUUAACAAGCAUAUUGCGGCAAAAGGUUGAACUUGACGAGUACGUCCUCGAUUGUUGCAUUUGAGAAAACAUGACUGCAGAAAUGUGA